UGUCAAGUUUUUUUUGUUUUGUAAAGACUAUAUUUUCCACAGUUUUGACUCAGUUUUAAUUUAAUCGCCUUUCUUAAGCCUACAGAUGGAUACAGCCAGAAAAAGACUGUGUGUUUUUGUGUUCUUCAUUUGUUUCUUGGAUGCAAUCUGGGGACAGAUACGCUACUCAAUCCCAGAGGAACUGGAGCACGGAGCUUUUGUUGGUAACAUUGCAGAGGACCUGGGCUUGGAUUUGGACAAGCUGUCUGUGCGCAGAUUCCGGAUAGUGUCAGGUUCUAAAAAACAGUAUGUGGAGGUAAAUUUGGAAAACGGAGUUUUAUUUGUCAAUGAAAGAAUUGAUCGUGAAGAACUAUGUGAGCAGAGUUUGUCCUGUUCUUUUCACUUGCAAGUGGUCAUAGAAAAUCCUCUUGAGUUGUACAGGGUUGAGAUUGAGAUUUUGGACGUGAAUGAUAACUCUCCUAAUUUCCCUUGGACUGAGUUUAAUCUGGACAUAUCGGAGUCUGCUACGCCAGGAUCCCGUUUCCCCCUGGAGAGCGCGCAGGAUUUGGACGUUGGAACCAAUUCGCUGCGUACUUAUUUGCUCAGUGUAAAUGAGCAUUUCUAUUUGGACAUACAGACGCGCAGCGAUGGCAGUAAAUUUGCAGAACUGGUCCUGCAGACCCCAUUGGACAGGGAGCAGCAGAAUGCCCAUCAAAUGGUGUUGACUGCAGUGGAUGGAGGCGCACCGGAGAGAUCUGGCACUGCGCAAAUAGAUGUCACAGUUUUGGAUGCAAAUGAUAACGCGCCUGUUUUCGAACAAUCCUUUUACAGGGUAAGACUCGCUGAAAACGCACCUAAAGGCACAGUUGUCAUCAAACUCAACGCGUCAGACUUAGAUGAGGGUCCCAAUGCCGACAUCACCUAUUCAUUCAGCGGCCAUGCUCCCAUCAAAGUGCGCCAACUCUUCAGCGUGGACCCGCACACGGGAGAAAUCAAAGUCAAAGGAGUGAUAGAUUAUGAAAAAGCCAGGAUGCAUGAAAUUUACGUUCAGGCCAAAGAUAAAGGCCCAUCUGCUGUAGCAGUUCACUGCAAAGUGCUUGUCAACGUCUUGGACAAAAAUGACAACCUUCCAGAGGUGAUCCUAACAUCAGUGUCUACACCUGUGCAGGAGGACGCGUCCCCGGGAACGGUAAUAGCAGUCAUCAGUGUAAUGGACAAAGACUCGGGUGAAAACGGAAAUGUUGACUGUGAAAUCCCCAGCCAGAUUCCAUUUCAGCUCCAUUCCUCCUUUAAGAACUACUACACUUUAGUAACUUCAGAUUUUUUAGACAGAGAGGCAGUGGCAGAGUACAACAUCACCCUCACUGCUCGAGAUAUGGGCUCUCCACCUUUAUUUACCAGGAAAACCAUCCUGCUGCAGGUGUCUGAUGUGAAUGAUAACGCGCCCCAUUUUAAACAGCCUUCAUAUACCGUGUAUUUAACCGAGAAUAACGCACCAGGAGCGUCCAUUUGCUCAGUGACUGCACUAGAUCCAGAUUAUGGUCAGAAUGCAUAUUUAUCCUAUUCUAUACUUGACAGUGACAUACAGGGGAUGUCUGUAUCCACAUAUGUAUCCAUAAAUUCAGACAACGGGAAUAUUUACGCACUGCGAUCCUUCGACCACGAGCAACUUAAAAACUUUCAUGUCACAGUUAAGGCUCAAGAUGCCGGGUUUCCUCCACUGAGCAGCAACGUCUCAGUGAACAUUUUUAUUUUGGACCAAAAUGACAAUGCGCCAGUUAUUUUGUCACCUGUUCCGCACAACGGCACGGCACCCAGCGAAGCUGUGCCCAAAUCAGUUGACGCCGGUUACCUAGUCACCAAAGUAAACGCUGUGGACGCAGACGCAGGUCAAAACUCGCGUCUGUUUUAUCAGAUGCUCCAAGCAACAGACCCGAGCUUGUUCGGCAUAGCUCUGUACACAGGCGAAAUCAGGACGAUACGCCCGUUAGAAGAGAGCGAACCCACAAGGCACAGACUGGUCAUUCUGGUGAAGGACAAUGGUCAACCACCCCUCUCGGCCACAGUUUCCAUCAUUCUGUCAGUGGUUGACAGCCUGCCAGAUUUGCAGCCCGAUCUGGGUGACCUUUCACUGAGCCCGCAUCACAGCUCAAACUUCACUCUGUACUUAAUCGUGGCCCUGGGCGCAGUCUCCUUCACGUUUCUGGUGGCUAUCAUCGUCCUCGUCUCAGUGAGGAAACUGAAGGGCAGAGCGCCCAGCAAAGACUCCAGCUUCCCCUCCAUCAGGGGCGGCUGCUGCUGCUGCUGCUCUCGGUCAGAGCUGUCCACCACCACAGAGGUUUUCAAGAAGUCCAACUUAAAUGUCCGCAUGUCCACAGGCGCGUCGGGGUGCGCAGAGGCAAACGGCAACGGCGCGCUCCCGCAGGUGUACUGCUACAAAAUGUGCCUGACACCGGAAUCAUCAAAGAGCGACUUCAUGUUCCUAAAGCCUUGCAGUCCAGUAAUGUCAUUCCAGCAGAAUAAUGCCAAGAGCACAGAUUACCUGACUUCUGGUUGGAGCGCCGUAGACCGGAAUGAGCUGUCCAACAACAGGGCAGCAACUCCAAAUGAGCUCAAAAAUUCAAAUAAGGACUGGACGUGGACCAAGAACCAACGUAACUCAGCGUACAAGAGGUAUAGUUCAGCAAAUAUGGAGGGGACUUUUUCACGGCAACAAAAAUAUGAUACUGAUGGAUUUUCCUGCUCUAUAGCACCACAAUAUUGGACCUGGGGAAACCAUAUGAAUGAGUGUAAGAAGUCUCUUCAAGAGGGAGUGGCUCCUAACUAUGCAUGGACUCCAAAGUACACACAGCCUCAUUCUGAACAACCAGACUACCAACACAAUGUGUACAUUCCUGGCAGCACGUCUGGCUACAGCACUUUGAAGCUGACACCCAGAGGAGAGCUGGAUGUGUACAACACCUUUUCAACUUUCGGGAAGAAAAAGAAAUUCAUCUCAAACUAUGAACCAUCCUUUGACCAAGAUGAUGGAAUCAUAAGCAAUUCUAUGUUUAGAUAAAUGAAAUGCCAGCAACACCCAGCAGUGCACUGCCUGAGUUGUAAAACAGACUGUUCAUGUACUGGUGUUCAGUAUUUUACUGGAUUUUAUAAUAUUGUAAAUUACAGUUAAAAAUCCAAUCUGCAUGUACAUUUACAGUUAAUAGCUCAGUUAACCAAACACAGUUGUUCAGUAUCUAAACCCCCCGCAGUGGGACUAAUAAAGGAUGAUUAUUAAACAGUAUCAUCUCUUAAGCCUAAAUUAGCAAAGCUUUGACUUCGUCUUGGCAAGGAUUUUGUGGGCUGAUGACAAUUUACCAGAUAAGUACAUGUAAAAGAUGUGCGGUUAACUUUUAUAAAUAAAUGAUCACGUGAAAUUUUCUAUUAAAUUAUAUAAACUCUAUCUUUAUUGUACCACAGUAGCACACUGUUAAAAUGAACAACAGUUGACAUGCUGUGAAGUGUAUCUGAUGUUUAUAUUCUACCAGAAUUUUACUGUGAAACUCUUAAAAUGACUUUUUUUUUGUCUUAGCUAUGUCAUUUGCACUGCUGUGUGACAAAGAAUGAAAUGAAUUUACCCUGAAUAUAACCUUUAUACUCUUUAGGUUCAGAACAGAGGUUUCUAUUGUUAACUGAUAUAUUUGAUCCAUUUUUAAUAUGUAAAAGAAACUCUUGUAUUUAACAACAAAGA